AACCAAACUAAUUAUAACAUUUAUCGCCAUUGGCGCCAUUUACAGCAGCUAGUCAAUGUGAAAGCAGUAGGCCUCGAAAUCAUGGCUAAAGUAAACAUAUUAGAUGUAGUUGUCUUAGAUAACCCGUCGCCAUUUCUGAACCCAUUUCAGUUUGAAAUUACGUUUGAGUGUUUGGAAGACUUAACGGAAGAUUUAGAAUGGAAAAUAAUAUAUGUUGGUGCUGCAGAGAGUGAAGAAUAUGAUCAAACACUGGACUCUGUUCUUGUUGGUCCUAUUCCAGGAGGACGACACAUGUUUGUCUUUCAGGCUGGACCUCCCAACACAGAUAAGAUCCCAGUUGCUGAUGCCGUCGGUGUUACAGUUGUGUUAUUGACAUGUUCGUAUAGAAACCGAGAAUUCAUCAGAGUAGGUUAUUACGUUAACAACGAAUACAAAGAUCAGGAGUUAAAGGAGGAGCCACCCUCAGUCCCGCAAUAUGACAAGCUUGAAAGGAGUUUAUUAGCCACCAAUCCGCGAGUGACUCGAUUUAAAAUUGACUGGGAUGACAAUGGCGAAACGCCUGCUGAUGAAAAUGUUCCCCCAGCAACAAACACUGAAUCAGAAUCAAACCAGAUGUGUGUAGAAAAUAAAGACGGUGUGUUGAACAAACCUGUGGCAGCAGUCAUGAACAACAAUAGCUCAAGUCUAGGGACAGGCGACAAUAUAAAAAUGGAAAUGUGAUCAUCAUGUAUUCAUCUCAUUUAUUGUUGUGUCAAAUAUCUACAUUUAAUACCAGGACCUUAACAUCACAUAAAAAUCACUGAUAAAUGUUCAAAGCAGUUACAACCUUUUCUCAUUACAGGAUUUGACUAUAUUAUUGGUUAAACAAAAUGGCCACUCUCCCCUUAACAGUGGUUAGUGUUAUUGUCUGCAUCAAGCUUAAAGAUAGAUAAUAGGAAUCAUUUACAUUUUGUCCAAUUGAUACUGAAUAAUGUUUAAAGACUGUUAUUGCAGCUGUUGAGAUUAUUUCAGUGAUAACAAAUUUAAAAUCCAUUACAUUAAGCUAUAUUAUCUUAUUGAAAUGUUUUCAGAAACAAAUGGAGGUAGGCAAUUGAGCCAUAAUUAUACUAAAUAUACCAAACCAUCAUCACAGUGAUACCUAGUAGGGGGAGGAAAUAGAAUUUUUCUACAUGUACAUUGAUAGUAAGAUAUUUUGAAAAAAUUGUUGAGUUUUGAUGACAAUCUGAUUGUUUUUCUAAUAAUUAAAUCACUGGAUUUCUUAUAUAGAGUUAAUCACGAAGCUUAUCUACUGUGCUUUUGGUCAUGGUAGUUGAUAAUUUAAAGCUUUUUCUAUGUACAGUAUAACUGGGAAUAACUUCAAGAUGUUCCAUCUCUCAGGAGGAAAAGGCCUGCAACCUAUCGUUGUCUCGGUAUGAAUUAAGUAGAAAUAAGACUCUUCCAUAGGUAAAACAAAUGCUGUGGUACCACUAGCUGUUUACAGCAAACAAUUUAGUGUUGUAGUUCCUUGUUUACUUAAUGAGAUGUUUCUAUUGUCAAUUAACCUUAUUUAUAAAAACAAUACUGGGAAAUGUUGAAGAUCCUACAGUUUAUAUUCAUCAAGUAUAUUCAACACCAGAACAUAAUCUGCACUAGUUGACUACCCUGAUUAGUCAGUUAAGAUUUUGUCAUUUCAGUGCUGUAAUAUAUACACUGUACAUAUGUCAAUUAACAAUAAUUACAAAAAUGCAAACCCAAUGUUGAGUGUAUUAAGUACCAGGUUAAUUGACAUGGUACGUGUAUAAAUAGGGCUGGAACAGUUAAGAAAUAAUGACAGCCAGAUAACUGGGUGCUUAUAAUUAUUCAAACCAGCACCGGGUAUCCCAUGAUUUUUUUUUUGUGUCAUUAGCUACAAGCAUCAGUCGCUGAAUUGAUUAAAUAAAUACUUUCAAAGAAAUAAUUAUGUUAUAAAAAUGUUGGUAAUUUUCAAAAUAUCCAGAAUUAGCUUUCCAUAGCUACAUUCUUCACAGAUGGGGGGAAACCCUAGGCUUGUACAUGUGUUCUCAUUAUACAUGUGCUAUUAGCACGUUACUUGCAUGUUUCUUACAUCAAUUGACUUCUGCAAGACCACCUCUGUGAAUGAGAGGUACAUAGUUCAACAAAAUGUUGGUCAAAAUAUGUUCACCUAAUUAUGUACUUAAAAACUAUAAGUUUGUUGUGUGCUGAGUAUGGUACAUUUACUGAUAAUUUGCUUGCAUAUCUAGUCUGUCAGACAGUUACAAGUCAUAUUUUCGACCAGGAAAAUCAAUAACUAUUUACUUGAACUUUGACAGUUUAUAAAUAUUGGGUGCUAGCUAUAGCUAUACAAUAGUGAGGGGCAUUGAUUGAAAUUUUAUGAUUGAUCAUUUAAUUUUUUACUGUUUAUUUACUGGUGAUUGAUUAAUAAUCAUAAUUCUCCCAUGUUGGUGAAACCCACUUGCACAAGUAAAUAAAAUGAGACAAAGUUGUAAGAACUCUUCGAUUCCCUUCAAACAAUAUGAUUUAUAGUCCAAAGUAGCCAUGAGUUGACUUGAAAGUCAGUGAAAAUGCUGACACAACAGCUGGAAAUAUCCUGAGACUUCUGCUGCUUGGUUCUUGUUGGUUUCUAGCUAUAUAUAGUACAGAGACAGGCUUAAAAUCACCAAUUGCAAAUCUCAAAACUCCAUGAUAUCUACACAUGGUUAUUGUAAAAUUGAUCAUGAAUUCUGUAGUCAGUAGUUGACAGAGUUGAUUAAUUGGAACACCGCUAUUUGGUACAAACCAAUAAGUAACCAGGUACUGGUUAACUGCUCCAGCCCUGCUAUUAUAACUGUUUAUUAGUUUGCCAAAAUGUCUAGUAAUUAGAAUUGUAUAUUCUUUGGUCAACUGUAUCUUGAUGUACCACAUGUCUAGAAAUUUAUUUCAUACAUUUGAAACAUUUUAUGGUUUGCAGAUGUGAAAAAGUGUUUCAUCAGCAUGAUACGCACUUGUAUAUAUAUAUUAUUUGAAAAUAACAUUUUUGCAAAAACUUUUGGCCACAAAAAGUCUUUGUAGAUAACAUUAUUUGAUAAUAUAUCAAGUCAAAUCAAUAUCUAGCCAAAGUGCCAAGUGAGCUUAUGUCAUGGUGCAGUCAGUAUCUGUCCAUCCGUCAAGACAAAUGUCAACUUUCUAAACCACUUCUUCUGAAUAACCAAGAGACCUAGUGUAAUGAUGUUUGGCCUGAAGCUUAAGUGCUGUGUAGUAUGGGAAGUAAGUUUAAAUUUUCCUACAAAGAUUCAUAAGGUGUAGAUAACUGGGUAGGUUAUUAAAUCUUCAGAAAAAGUAAUGAUUUGCCUUUUUAAAUUUAACCUGUAAUCCAAGCUGAAUAACAGGUGAGCGAUACAGGCCCUUUAGUAAUCUUCUUGUGAAGAAUUUGAACUGAAGUCAGGAUGUUUAUUUUGUUGAGAAAAUGAAUUUUGCAUAAAAUUUGUCCAUUGUGUUCCGGUAUGGAAAUGCAAUGUUAUUCAACAGUUUGUUAAUUAUUUAUAUAUACAUUAGGUACUUUGUACAGAUGUAGUAUUCACAAGUAGUUGUGAAGCUCUAAAAAUUUUAUACUUGAAAAAUACAAGAUUGUAUUUGAUCAAUAAAAUCAAUAAAAA